GGGGAUGUUGCUGAUCGCCAAAUACACGGGAGCGACGCUUUCACAGUCCGCCAUGAUUGUUUAUCGACUGGACGACGUACGUCAUCAGUACGUCAUCAGUACGGCUUCAGAGACGUCGUCACAUCCGCUUCCGGAGACGUUUACGUUUACUUGCUUUAUAUAACCACAGUCGUAGCAGCAGCCCCUAUUAUUCAAUUAUAAUAAGUUAAACAAGAAAUAACGGUUCAUACGGUAAGUGCCUGUAUUCCAAAGUAUUGUAAUGUACAGUAUUUGUCAACAAUUCUAUGGCAGUAUAUUAUUUGAUUACUGCUGUGUUUUCCUACCUAUUGUCAGCGGCCUCCUUCAUGGGUGCCCACGUGAGGAAGACUACAUUGUUUUACAGUUAUGUGUGUAUUUGUAUGGAGUCAUGGGAGUGCCAUAAAACAGUAAAUCUGUCAAAUAAGUCGAAUUAGAAAAUAAAUGUAGAAAUAUAAUCAGAAAUACCUCAAUGUGAAAGAAAAAACAUAAUAAUUUCAUAAAAGCUAAAAAAAUUAGAUCAUCUAAAUUUAUGUAGAAAAAAAUUGUAAAUAAAUGUGAAAAUGAAAUGUUAUCCCCGUAUUUCUCUUUAUAUUUCCUCUUAUUUUUUCGUUUUCUUCAUUCCUCUAUAUUUUCUAAGUCUUUUACUAGUGUUUUUUUCGAGGGCACGUGUUUUCCUUUAUUUUGUAAUCCUGUGCAGUUCUCGUUUUUCACAUUUCACAGCAAAAAGAACAAAGACAUGUAAAGAGUUCUACAUGAAAGACAAACAGAUAUUUGAAGAUAUUUUUGUUUUGUUCUCCUAGAUCUAUAUAUAUUUAUUCUUUCAUGACGUCAUAUCCAGUGUCUAAGUACUUAUCCCGAACAGUCAAAUAAAAGGAAUAUCAUCAGGUUUUACUGUAACUAUGUGCACCGUUAUUACUAUAUCAAUGAGAUUGUUGCAAUCUAAACCAAACUGAAAUUCCCCUGGUAUCCAAGAGAUGUGUUUACAGAAAUACUGUGAUAAUGAUGUUGUUUCACUGAGAAAUGUAUCUCAUUGUCUCAUUCAGCCAUUCAGGCCACAUCAGUGUUGUCAUACCCAAAAUAAACUCUCGGACAACACAAAUCAGACAAAGUAAAACGCUUUGUACAAAUUGGGCAAAAUGGGAAAUACCUUCGUAAAGGCCUUUUAAAGAUAGACUCCCCUUCUUGUAGAGUUUCCUUUUACAAAAACAUGAACUAAUAACACUAAUAGAACACAACAUUGACAGUGAUCUAUGCUGCACCUUUGAUUCAAAGUGAAAGGGAGAAGCGAAACCACACGACUCAAAUAAUAUAACACCAUUCUGGCUCAGUUUCAAAUUUCACAUAUAUAUAUAUUUUGGAUAUUCGCAAAAAGGCAACUUGUCUUUAUUCCCACUGAAUAAAAGACUUUUAUUUCUAAAUAUAUAAAUCUUUCACCUGACCAAAAAUCUUUCAGAGACAUAAUCAUGAAAUAUAUUCAGACAGAGUGCAUUGACCCAGUGGCUAAGUCUUUAGCCUUCACCUCAGCUUUUAUCACUGUGUUUGGAUAGUAAGGGGCAGUAAAACUAGAACCGGGUGUCUGGACUCUGACAUCACUUUACACACUAUAUUAAACACUUACUGUGCAUUAGUCAUAGCCAUCUGGGCUUGUGGAAGUCCAAUAAUCCUAAGGAAUGUCAAAAAAAGAGUAGUGUUGAAAGCAUCUUGACUUUUUUUGUGGGUAAGUCAGUAAAUUCUACCUUACUUCUAGGUUUGUGAUCUAAACACAGCCGUGUUUGUAAAGUACUGAAAGAUUAAAACUUUAUAAUGUGUAUAUCAUCAUGUAGAGUCAUUAAAAUAGACACACCAGUUACGAAUGUAGGUGCUGGAAAAUAAUAACAAAGCUAAAAUAAACCAGUUAUGACCCUAUGGGAGAGAUGAGGUUUUUUCUCACACAUACCAAAGAUUUGUUUGCCUUUGUGAUUUAGUGAAAUUAAGGUAAAGUUUCACAAUUAAUCUUUAGGGCUUGUUAUGGUUAAUUUUGUAUAUAUUUAAAUAAUACUAGUGCCAGUUUUGUUUUGAUAUCUCACUCUCAGGAAAAAUAUUUUUCAAACUAAAUUCAAAAAAAUGUAAAAUGCUUCCGGGCUAAAAUGAUGAGAAAAUAAUACAUCUACUUUGUAUAGCACUUUUCCAAAUGCUCAAAGACGCUUAGAAUUUUUUAAUUCUGUUGUGAGGAAGAAGGUCUUAAAACUUGACAGAGACAUUUUUAUGAAUUGGAUUGGUUUGAAAAUAUAUGUACAUCAACCUGAGAAUUGUUUACUGCACAUUACUUUGUGCAGUUGUUGGAAGUUUCUAACAUACAUUACUUUUAUAAUGAAUCUGACAGAAUUACAUAUAAACAAUAUGAUUUGACUUCACUCCAGGAUAAUUAAAUAAUUUCCCCCCCCCUGAGGAAUUUAAAGGAACCCACGGUAAUAAAGUUUUCGGGUCAAUGACCCUGUGAAAAAUGAACCUCCACUGUAAUAGCAAAAGGUCAGGGUCAAGUUUUCAUGUUCCAGAAAAGAUGUUCACCAUGCACACAUGUUAAAGGGUCAUGCUGAGAUUUCAGUGACCUGGGGAAACUAAAACUAUAGGGGGAAACAAAAAUCAAUAUUUGGGGGAAACUGACAAGAAAAGUACACUUUUUUUCAGUGGAUGUUGACACAGUUCUCCUCAAAGUUAUCCAAUGAUUGUCCAGAUUCAUACAGUACAUGUAUUUUUUUAUUAUGAUAAUAGCAAAAAGAAAAAAAUAUCGUGCUAGCCAUUACAUCAUGCUUCCAUCAGACCUGGACAGUUUCAAUUCCCUGAGGUCAGAAAAAAAAGCAGUUGGUACACUUUUAGAAUGAAGGACAUUUUAUUUUUACUGUCUUAGCAGAGAUAAGUGUCUGUCCUCCGUGUCCGUCUCUGCCUGCUCCCAACCUCCAUAAACACGGGCCUUAUCACAAGCAUUUACAGCUCAGCAUGCUUCAUGAGGUCCGAGGGUAUAAGAUGCAGAGUGCAUUACAGGUCAUUUCACAGAGUAGCACAGCAACACGUUCUCUUUUUUGUGAUCAAAUUUUAAUGUCAUUGAAUAAAUUAUGAAAAUAUAUAGAACAAAUACACAUACACAAAAUAUACUAACCCACCCCCAUCCCCCAAAUCAAGGCUGAGAGAUGAAGGCCUGGAUCCUGACAGUAAAACACCCCAAAACUAAGACAUCAAAAAACACUAUAUAUAUAAAGUGAAGAGACAAUAUUACGCUUGACAAAUCUUCAGUUGGAAACCAGCUAAUAAUAGGAACCUGAGGGCUUUCAAGCAGCCCUAAGGAAAGUACUCCAUUCUCUAAGAUAACAUCAUGUGUUUUCUUUGUGUAUUUGAAGCCGAGGUGCAGUUUGAUUUAGCUCCUGUGGUUUUGGACAGGACACAUCUCGUCUGAAUAAACAUUGUGUAUCCUAGUGAGAUCACCCUAGGACAGAACAGGAGGGUAUGAAACAUAUUCCGGAGUUAUCUUUUGAAAUCAUGAGUAAAGAGAACACGGCAGAGUAAGACAAACAUUUGGUGACUGGCGCUGCCAGUUGUGUCUGGCAUGUAAACUCUUUAUUGCAGUCAUUCACUCCGUGGACUGACCUUGACUCCGCUGCUCUGUGGUUCACGUCUUCCUCUGGAGCUUCUCGGCUUGAGCAGCAGACGUUCCACCAAAAAGCGAAGAGCAUAUUAUGGUAUAAUUUGUGUCACCUAUCACUUUACUGCUUCAGUAUGUUCAUGGUGUUAAAUGUACAAAAUAAAGGAGUGUGUGAUCGGAUAUGUGCUGUUUAUUUAUUUGAAACAAUAAUAAAGUCAUUUGCUUAUCAGUCUCCAACCUCAGUGCCAGGCACAGGGAAGAUAAUGAAUUAGGAGAAACUCAUUUCAGUGGCACGGGGAACAUUGUACCACCUUUUACAGCCACCAUGAACAGAAAUUCCUUGGAUUCUCUUGUUUCAGAUUUAAAAAAUAAAUUGUAUAUGAAGCAAUUAUCCAAAAAUGUCAGUCUGAGACGCAGCAAGCUCUGUUACAUAAAAAGAUUCUGUCUGAAGUCAAUCAACUGAACGGCACAAUUUAUUUAUCUGACUGAGCCACACACUUCAUUAAUUUCAUUCUCAUGACCAAAGUAAAAAAAAGAAACUCAUUUUGAUUUCACUUUACUGAAGCCUAGUGCAAAUACAUCCAACAAUAAUAUUGGAGCUGUCAAUGAAAACAAACAAAAGUAAAAUGGAAUUAUAAAUAAAUAAAUGAAUAUCCAUUUCUAAUUGGAUUGUGCCUCUCAGAAGAGAACAAUUGCCAAAGUUGACUUACUCACUACAAAAUAAGAUGGGUUUAUUUUGUUUUUGUCCCAAUUUACUUUAUUGUCUGUAAAUUUAUAUAAUAGAUGUCUGUAAUGUACAGUGAGUGUGUCCGUGUUGUCAAUGUACAGCUGAUCUGUUUGUAUUCUACAAGAAAAAACAAACUCAACUUUAGCCCCGAACCCUGUCCUGACCUCAAUAUAUCAGUUUUUUUCUUUCUUUUCUCUGAGUAUUUCCCCACUCCCCCGGCUUCAUAUGUGUUUGUUUUUUUUAACGGUAUACCAGUGACACAAGCCGUGUCAGUUAGUUUCAAUGUAUUUCAUCAAUUUUGAAGGUGGAUGAAGGUUAUGAGAAGAGGUUGUGUUGGGCACCUUUGUAUCAAUUACAGUUCAACCCAAUUAUCUUUUCAUAAUUCCAGUUUGGGAUUACAGUAAGAAAAGGAGGAUUUAACUCGCAGGUCAUUGCCCCCUCUCUGCCCUGGCCUCUUUCCAGCUCUCCAGGUGUGAGCUGGCAGAGUGCAGGGACACAGUGUUGGGGCUGAUUACCUCUGCAGUCCUUGGUGACUUGGUACUGCCUGGGUUAAUGACACCAGUAACAAGAUAAGGCCCAACCCUCUUGAUACCCACGCGUUACUCUACCAGCUCCCUUUCAUUGAGAAAAGCUUAUCGGUUUCCCAGGGUUAUUCCAUCAGUCACCUGGCAGAGCGCACCGUUGUUUUUCACAGAGACUAUAUUGACAAGUCAAGGUCCACGGAGCAGGGCGGGUUGGCCUUAUAAAUACAGGGACACUGGAGGUAGCAGCAGCAGUGCUCGUCGGCUCAUCCUCUGAGAGGACACACAUCUCGACCUACAGAAUGGAUAACGGAUGUCAUUGUUCGGCCGACCGGGACAGGCUUUCAAACCCGAUUCUCUUCAACAUCCUGAGUCGAAUGGAUAACAGCAAACCGAGUCGAGGCAACUUCAACUACAAUUCAGCACCUCACAGAUGCAACUGUGAGCUGCGACGGACAGUGUGCCUCAGAAGGCCAGUUGAGAUUUGCAAAGAAGCUUCGGGGGUUCUGGUUAAAACCGUCCAGUUCAUGAAGAACUUACCUGCUUUUAACCAGCUGCCACCAAAUGACCAGUUCUCUCUUCUCAAGAGCUGCUGGGCACCGCUCUUCAUUUUGGGUCUGGCCCAGGAGCACGUGGACUUCGAGGUGACGGACACGCCUGCUGACAGUAUGCUGAAGAAGAUCCUCCUGAACCGACAGAAGAGCCCCGAGAUGGAGCGAGAGCAGCCCACCAUUGCCGGAGUCAGCAAACUCAAGUCCUGCCUGAAAAAGUUCUGGAGUUUGGAUUUGAGUCCAAAGGAGUAUGCAUACCUCAAAGGGACCACGAUAUUUAAUCCAGAUGUUCCAGAUUUAAAGGCAGCUCUGUUUGUCGAAGGCUUGCAACAGGAGGCUCAGCACGCCCUCAGCGAGGUGGUCCAGCUCAUCCAGCCCGGGAACCAGGAGCGCUUCGCUCGAAUCCUCCUCGCGUCCUCCGUGCUGCAGAGCAUCACGCCCAGCCUCAUCACCGAACUCUUCUUCCGGCCCGUGAUAGGCGAGGCCGAUCUGCUGGAGCUGCUGGUCGACAUGCUCUUCUGCAGAUAGAGGCGGUGGACUUCAUGUGACUGUCCUGGAGGAAAGACGGUGAUGCAGAACAUUUUUUUGACUGACCUCAGCAAUGUCCCCCCCUCACAAAAGAAGGAAGGAACAUCUUACAGGAAAGCAGUUUUUAAAAACUAUGGGAAUUAGUGGACUUGAAACUUCGGAUUUCUUAUAAAUACAUUAAAGCUGAGGUCACUUUAAGCCAUAUCUGCAAGUGUUUAGGUGCAAAGAUUUGACUUUCCAGACUCUACCCACUGUUCAUACAUUGUUUCUUAUGUUGAAGAUCUUCUCCGUUUUGCUUCACUCUUGUAAAUAAGGUUUGUCUACAUUGACACAACUUUUCAAAUAAAUAUAUUUUUGUACAUUAA